UCACAACACGAUCAGUCAACGAACGCCUGUUGUUUAGGUUGUAGGGUUUGUUGAGAGUUUAAAUUUUACGAUAAUAUUCUAAGAUAAGAACCGUUAAAUAAAAUAACAAACGAGUAACGUAGCUUAAAUAAUUGUUUGAUAUAUUCGAUGAGACUUAAAUAAGCAUUAUAGUGCGAGCCUUUAAAAAAGUAAUAUACAGAGAAGAGCACCAUGUGCUUGUGAAGCAGAAUCGUAUAUUUACAAGUCUGUCAAUUUAUAUAACUGCAAGAUGGUAUUAGAGCCGAAAGAGAAUUCAGAUUUGCUCAAAGCAAGGGAUAAAGUUGAGACCAAUGGUAAUUUAAAAAAUGAAGACUACAAAGGUCCUCCGGAUGGCGGUGUACGGGCCUACUCGGUCAUGGUUGCAUCGUUCCUUACAAAUGGCCUUUUUUUCGGCGUAAUUAAUUCAUAUAGUGUGAUAUACACGGUCCUUGAAAAACAUUUAAAAGAUGAAGGAAUCUCUAACUCAGAAAGUCGCGCUGCUCUGGUGGGCGCGCUUACCAUGGGCACUACGUUUUUCCUCUCGCCCCUGUCUGGCGUAUUGACUGGCGUGUUAGGUAUCCGUUUAACCGCAGUGUUGGGUGGCACAAUUGCAACAGCUGCAAUGCUUUUGUCUUCCUUUUUCGUAUACAAUGUAGGAGUCCUCUAUUUCACCUAUGGUAUAAUGUAUGGAUUAGGCGCAUCGUUUGCCUACACUCCCUCUUUGGCUAUCCUUGGGCAUUACUUCAAAAAGCAUUUAGGUUUAGUAAAUGGAGUUGUAACUGUAGGGAGUUCUAUUUUUACUGUGAUUAUGCCACCCCUAAUGGAAUAUAUGAUAAAGCACCAUGGAUUAGAUUGGUUGCUUAGACUCUUAGCUGUCUUUACAUUGGGCACGGCAGUAUGUGGUUUUAUUUUCAAACCAACUCCAUCGAUGGUUAUGAAAACGUCAAGGGAAGACGAUAGCUUGAAAUCUUUAUUAAAAUCGAUUGUAAACAUUCAAAUCUGGAAGAAUAAGAAGUAUAGAUUUUGGGCUCUGUCCAUGCCUGUCGCACUAUUUGGGUAUUUUGUUCCAUACGUGCAUAUCAAAAAGUUUAUCGAGAACAACUUCGACGAUGUCAAUACCAAUCUACCCUUGCAAUGUAUUGCGGUUACAUCUGGUCUGGGAAGAUUAAUAUUUGGCUUCUUAGCUGACAAACCCGGUGUUGAUCGAAUCUUGUUACAGCAAAUUUCAUUCUACGUCAUUGGAGUGUUAACGAUUAUUUUGCCAUUUGUUAACAAGUUCGGCAUAUUGGUAGCGAUUGCUUUAGGUAUGGGAAUAUUCGAUGGCGCAUUCAUUGCGUUAAUCGGACCCAUAGCAUUUGAAUUGUGCGGUGGUGCUUAUGCGGCGCAAGCAAUAGGUUGCAUGUUAGGACUUGCUGCUGCCCCCUUAUCAGUCGGACCGCCCAUAGCUGGCUAUCUUUACAGUAUGAAUAAAUCAUACACUUUGCCAUUCGUCCUCGCUGGCAUAUCGCCUCUGGUCGGCGCAACUUUAAUGUUUGCUAUUCGUUUGCAACGAGUUCCUUCAAACGAAGAAUCAAUUAAUACAAAUGGUAUCACUGUUCGUCCAGUUUCUGUACAUAUAGAAAAAUCACCAAGCCUGUUACUUAGUAAUGGAGAUGCAAACCAACAGACGAAUUUAUAACGAAGUUUGAUGUGAUUUGUUCAGGAAACAGUGCUUAAAAGCAUUAUCUACGUGUGAAAAAUAAGGACUCCAGUUUUUGAAAACUGCUCAUACACUUUCCAGUCGUAACUGCAACCUUUAAAAAGGGUAAUUGUUUGUGCACCAAUCUAUGUAAGUAGUGGAAUCUAUUUGAUAUAUAAUAUCGAGUAGAUGUUCUUGUUUCAUAGAGUAGAGUCAAUGUCUUACGAGUUUAACCAUUGUCAUAUUUUCGUCAAUUUUUACACCAAAAUUAAAAUUGCCUUAUUGGCCGUUAAGUUAUAGUGUACUGUUAACGAAUGCGCACAAUAGGUACGUAUUACCAGACAUUAACAUGUUAAUGCGCAGCUGAAAUAAUUAAAAUAGACUUUAAACUAUUCUCAUAAGUUAUUAUUAAUUACGUAUGUAUGCUUGAUUAGUUAUAAGUUUAGCGUUACAAAGUUCUGUAAAGGCAUUUAAAACUAAAUAUAUCGCAUAAUAUGUAUGCUAUGUACGUUUUGCACUUACAUGGUUACCGUUGGAAGUUCCUAGUUUAGUUUUAAAAUGUUUAAAUAGAUUACCUUAAUGUUGUCCUCUUAUUUAGUGGUAGUUUAAAUUUCUGAAAUUGUCAGUGAUAUUUUGGAAUUACCAAAUGACGAAUACCUUACUGUUUUAUCGUUUAAUUUGUAAAGUGACUUUGAAUCUAUACCCUGCACCCAAACACAACGAGCUAAAUAAUUACUUAGCACAUGACUUGACUAAUAACAGCUGUCGUAAUAUUAAAAUUUGAGACAAAUUGGAAUUGCUUACAUUUUGUGAAAAUGUAACCUACUUUUUGGACGUAACCUUAGAGAGGUUGAUGAGGAUAAUAAGUGGAAGCGAAAUAUUUGAGCAUACGGUAUUCAAGUUAAUGUUUUUUGAAAACGAAAGAAGAUAAAAUUAUUUAUUGAUUUCUUUUUAUCCGUGUAAUGAAACAGUCACAUGAAACAUUAUUGUCAACAGUUUUCCUUUCGACUCAAGGUCGUUCGUAAUUGAUAUUUUAAUCAAAAAAGAUGAUCAUAAAUUAACCUCAAGUGAUUCGUUUUCAUUUAGAUAUCACUUAUAAAGUAAAAUCUUUGUUUCAAUUUUUUUUUAUUCGUGUGUAAGGUGCAGAUAAGAACGGACACACAGUUUAUUAGCUUAUGGCAAUUUAAAUUUUUACAACAAACCCUCAUAGACUUGGUCGUAUUUACUGAAAUAUUAGCAUUUUAGAAACGUCAAUAUUCGAAGCAUUUAAAAAAAUUGGUUGUGAUUGUGAUUGAUUGUCAAAGAUUUACUCAAUAUAAGAAGCAAUGACUUGGUAUCCAAAAAAAAAAUAGGAAAACAAUAAACUUGUUGAGGUUUCAGUAAAAGGCAGGUCUUUAUAUUUUAUAAUGAGAAUCUCUUCAUUCGAACAUUUUAAUAUAGUUGCCUACGAAUUCAAAUAAUGUUCAUAUAAAUUAAUUUGGUAUAAUAUUUAUAACAAAUCACUAUGUUUUACGUCAUAUUUACAUAGCUACAAGCCAUUGAUUAAAUUUUCCUGUUUUGGAGUUGACAUUUCAAAAAUGAUUUACCAAUAUGCGUAUUAUUGCGUAUUUCAAAUCACAUUUUUGCGAGGUCAGUUCCUUUUUUACCUUAUAAAGGUCAAAUUAUAUUAUGUGAAUAGAUAUAGUACAUACAUAAAAUCUAUAUCGUCAUUCAAAAGCUCUGUGAUAAUUCAUAAUCAUUGUUAAUGUUUUAAUACAAAUCAUAUUAGUAAUUUAUCUAUAGUUACUACUUCAUUAGGGCGUACAGUACACUGACGAGAUACUUUUACCCAUCUCACUUGAUUUGCAUCAUGGGGUACUUUUAUUCCGCUAUGCGAGUAAAAAAGUUGAAGUUUGGCGAGUUUAGAUUUAAAGGCCACUCCUUUGUAAAAUUCCUCUAAAUAAAUUUAUUAAGGGGCUAUAAGCCCCUCCGUAGCUCGAAACUAGUCGAGUUACCUCGUCAAAUAGUUACGUACGUUGUAAAACUUAAUGAAUAAGAUGUAUAUAUUGAAAAAAUGUAUCCUAUGAUGCAGUUAAGUCAAAAUCUCGGUGGAUUUUCUUAAAAAUACUAAAUAGAUUUUUGUGCUCAACUGACGCAAAAGUCCCUCGUCUACGGGCCUUUAUAAUUAUAUAGAUAUCUACUGUUACAUAUAAAUAUGUAUAUUUAUAAAAAGUUACGUUUUCAUUUGAAUUAUAUUUUAUUGGACAUUUAGGUGUAAUCUGAUAUUAGGUAAUUGAUUUUUAUUUGUUAAAAGUACAGACUAAAUUAUUUAUAUUUGCAAAAAACUACUAAUGCCUAUUCGAUUUGAUGCUUUAAUCAAUCGCAAAUGAAUACAAAAUUAAUUGCAACUUUUCGCUUAUCUACAUAGGACCAUAAGCGAAAAUUUACGACUAAACACAUAGGUGUUUAGUUACAUAUAAAUACAAGUAAUCCAAUUCAAAACAGACACAAUGUUAUCUGUUUGAAUUAAAUUAACAAUUUUUAAAAUUAAGUCUUAUUUCUUACUGACUAUACAGUCUGAGUUUUUAUAAAGU